CCCUCUGUUGCAACGCAACGCCCGCUCUUCCAUUCCCUUCUUCUCCCCUGUCCUCCCUCCCCGCCGUGACCAUGUCUGAGACUUCCGGCAACAACAAUGUCGCCGACCGCAUUCACGCGGGCGUGCACUCGAUCAACCCUUUCAAGUCACAUGCCGAGGAGGAGCGCUCGCGCGGCAGCAUUGUCACGCACAAGGUCUUCACCGCCAUCACUUACCUGUUGGUUCUGAUCACAGCCAUCUACUACACCUUUGAGCGCCCUCAUGAGGGUCACUACGCCAAGAGGACCAUCUGGGGUCAGAACAGUGCCCACCACACCAGCUUCACCAUGAACUCGAUCAUCACGAGCAUCUACUGGCUCGUCCUCUUCAUCCUUCAGAUCGGCUACAGCUGGCACCUCUACAGCGGCAACAAUGUCUAUGUUGCGGCCGCUGCCAACGUGGGCUCGCACUUCAUCACGCACAACCUGCUGCUCUUUGGAUUCAUCCACUUGUGGGUGCGCUCGCAUUUCUGGCUCGCCGAGCUGCUCCUGGUCAUCAACUUUUUCAACUUGUCCGCCGCCUACUUCCGCCACAGCACCACCCCGCGCUUCAUUCACAUCCCCGUUGUGUCUGGACCGCUGGCCUGGAACUUUGUCGCGCUGUACUGGUGCGGUGCCGUUGCCGUCCACGCGCACAACCUCCCGGCACGCAUUGUGGCCAACAUCUUCAUCUGGGGGAUUCUGGUCUACGGCAUGUUCUUCUUGGCGGCGUACAAGGACUACACCAUGGGCUUUGCGCUCAGCAUCCUUGCGGCUGCGAUUGGCGUCGCCCAGUUCCUCACCAAGGUCGUUGCCUUCCAGUGGAUCUUCGCCUUCAUCAUUAUGGCCCUGCUUUUCGUCUUCUCGCUUGCCGUCGGUGUUCCGGGUCUUCUGGGCCGCGACCCCUUCAAGCGCGGCGAGAUCGUCGACGAGGACCGCGAGAGAGCGCCUCUGCUUGCGGACCAGUAAGCACGCCCAGUACAGUAAAAUCUGGCGACAGCUUCGUGAGCCGCCUGCUCAGCGACACUGCCCUUUGGCACGCCAAAUUUGGGACUGAGCUAUUCGUAACUCCGGAUAGAUGUAGCAAAGCCUGGCGGUGAAGAGUGUGGUUGGUGCUUUGGCCCAAUCACUACACGCCAGGAACAUCUAUCCAAUUGUGCGCGUGUCUUGCUUUUCUCGUUCCUUUUGUGUGUAAUGCUGCAUCGUGUACCCUCUGUCGUUUCCGCGCUUGGUAUGAUUGUCCGCUCCGCAGCUGUACAAUACCCAUCUCCGUCGACCUGUCUGUCUGUCUGUCUGCAUAUGCAUUCUGGAGGGAGGGCAUAGUAAUGAAUUUUUGCAAUUUACUCCAACCAGCGUAACGCUUGUGACACAC